AUGCGCAAGGAACUUUUCCCCGGUUUUUCAGACGACACUGUCAUCCUGGGCAAUUUCAAUCAGCUUUACAAGAUUGAUCCAAGCACUUUCCGCUCUUGGCUACGCAUCCUUUCUCGUGUGCCCAAAGCGGUGCUCUGGUUGCUCCGCUUCCCUGAACUUGGCGAGACAAAUCUUAAGAGGACGGCAAAGGCAUGGGCUGGGGCAGAAGUAGCCAGCCGCAUCAUCUUUACAGAUGUUGCGCCCAAACAUCUUCAUAUUUCUCGAGCAAGAGUAUGCGACCUCUUUCUCGACACACCAGAGUGCAACGCCCACACAACUGCAGCCGAUGUGUUAUGGUCAAGCACUCCACUCUUGACGUUUCCGCGCUACUCAUUCAAGAUGUGCUCUCGGAUGGCCGCCUCCAUCCUAAAGGGAGCCCUACCCAAGGGUCCCGAAGGGCAACGCGCAGCUCAGGAGCUGAUAGCAUCGAGCGACGAAGAAUAUGAAUCAUUAGCGAUACGGUUGGCCAGCAGUCUGGCGUACCAUGGAGGUGAAGAGUAUGGCGAAGGAGCGGGCCGCCUGGCUGAAUUACGAUACCUUCUGUGGAGAAGCAAAUGGAGUUGUGCCCUUUUUGAUACCCGAAGGUGGGUGGCCGACCUUGAAUUGGCUUACCAGGAGGCGUGGCGAAGAUGGGUCGCCGGUGAGGAUGGCGAUAUCUAUCUGUAGAGCUUCACCAACUGCGAAUGACUUGGGCAAUGGACGUUCAUUUCUUGGACGUCGAGUAUGAUCUGCUGGAAUAGGCCGUGGGCGACGGGACUGGGUACCAUGUGCUCAAGGAAGCGUGCGUGCAUUUGCUGUUUGUCGGGCUCGUGUCACGGUGAUUUCAUUUUCUCCUUUGUUUCCGUCGUCUUUCUGUAUUUCUUCCACAUGUAUAAUACCCCGGACCCUCUUUCCUCACGUUUGUGAGAGGUGAGAUCCCAGCGAUGCCGCGAAUCUAUAGUAUCAGACUCGAGCUUCUCCGAAAGCA